CGGAGAGAUGUGCACAAACACAGGAAGUAGCCAUCAGCAGCAGCAUUUUUUUUAUAUAAAUUUCGUCGCUUGAUGAAUACAGAAACAGCUGAUGAUCAUACAACAUAUGCAGUACAAACCACAUAAACGCCAAUUUGCAAGUGUUGGCAAGAUUAAACUGCGCGAAUUGCUAGCUAGCUCCCAGUAACGUCACGUUAGCUAAGCUACUAGCUAGCGUUAGCUUGGUUAUGAUAAACGUUUGCUAAGCUAACGAAGACAACGUUAACACUAGCCGUAAAACAUCCAACAAUGGACAAUUUCGAAACACCAUACGAAGACGAGUCCUCAUUUGUUCAAUGCACGGUCUGUGAUAAAUUCAUGAAGGGUGAAACCUUGUACAAGAUACACCUGACUACACCGGGACAUAGAAAGAAAGAGGAUGUCCUUGUUGCUUCGGGGUUUGCUGUCAGACGUCCCCGCAUACCGGAAAUUGAGGACAUUGUACAAUAUCUGGAUUACAUGAAGCUUGAUGAGCCCAUCAUUGGUUUGAACUAUUUGGAGGAACUGCCUUGUGAUGACCAACAGGCAAGCCCCAAAUACACAUGUAAGCUCUGUCACCAGAAGGCAAACCUACUGGAAAUGGUCCAUCAUGUGAUUGGACGUAAACACCGGCAGAAAUAUGUGGAACUGAAACGGCCAGACUUGGUGACCUGGAAUUCACAAUCCAUAAUAACCCACGGAGGAAAGAUCGUACGAGCCAGGGCAGAGAUAAUAGAGAGACAGGACGGACGAGGAACUCCAGUGCUAAUGGCGAAAAAGGGGAUAGAGGGCAGAUUGAACACCUCAAGAGUUCCCCCAAGGCAGAAGCAAAAUAGGGAUCGGAACAUUUUACAGAGUUUGACCCAACGAAAUGUGCCGUCACUCCUGCCAGGCCUCAUGGACUAUCGGGAUGAGCACUCUCACCCAGGGAGGUGUCCCCCAGAUACAACGCCAUUCCGUCCAGAAGACACCUACAUGUUGGACAGAGACAGACCGAUGUACCCACAGGAGGACACUCUGGAAGAGGAGCUGCAGAGGGCAGAUCACAGGGAAAGUCAUAUGUACAGACGAGAGUAUAGGGACCCAGAUUAUCGUACAGAGUAUAAAGAGGAAUACGUUGAAGAUCCACAAAGAAGAGCCGCACCAGAGCCAGGUGGUGAUCGCAGGUACGAGUCAAGGCAGGAGAUGCCCCAUGGCCAGGCCCAGGAUGUAGAGUAUUACCCAGACAAGUCUCCCCCGUACAGAAAGCCCUUCCCAGAAAGAGAUCCACUGAAGGAGUUCUACACUGAGGAAGUGAGGAGGCGUGGGCGAGCUCGUUCUGAGUACUCGCCCACGCAGCCGGUGCACCCCGAAGACGAUGAGCGGCGGUGUUCCUUGGACAGGGAGUCUGGCAGACGUGAAAGUAUGAAUGGAGCGGGCAGGCAGGGGUCGAGUGAACCUGAGGCCAAGAGAAGGAGCUUUCCCACAACUAUGGUGAGUGACCAGACGCCUGAAGGCCGCUUGUUUCAUUUCGUCAGAGAUUAUCGUCACGAAAUGAGAGAACCAUAUCAAGAGGAGGCAGUUGCCAAACCUGGGCAGAGCAGAACAGGAACCCUUACCUCCCAGAGGCAAGCGGAAGCUACCAGGGCCAUGUCUGACAUCCCGGAGCCAUUCAGGCGUUUCCUGAAAGGGGCCGCUAACGAUGAGGGACACGGUAAAAGAAAAAGAAAGAGCCGCUUCUCUGAUGCCACUGCAGAGGAGGCGGAAACAACGAAGGAGAUGUUCAGCGAUGAGUAUGGACCUCCAAAUCCAAAGUUUGGCGGUCGUCCUAGACCCGUCCAUGGAACACAACAUCCUGACCGAUACAUGGAAUCGCAGAGCCUGCGUCAUACUGAAAGCUCCCAAAGAGACGGCUCUGAGUCAGGGGAUGUCUUCGAUAUGCUGAAAAACAUUGAAAUCGAAAAUACAGAUGAGGCGGACUUCCUGAAGAACAAACUUUGCGACCUUCUGAAAGAAUUCAAGACCAAAAAAUCUGAGAAAGCUGUGCAAAAUAGCCACGGUCGAGUAGCCAUCUCCAAAAACUACAACAGCUUUAGCCCGGACCCUGAGCUGUCUCCAAAACAUCAGUACGACACAACCCACAGAGAAGACUCGGACCUUAGACGACCAGAAGACCUGUACUUUAAAGAAGAUCACAGAGGAAGAGGCUGGCGACAGCAUGAGCGUACACCGGAAAAGCAGCUAAAUGAAUACCACCACCCUGUACGCGGGGAGCCCGGACAGUCCAACAGAAGACGCUAUGAAGAGGUUUUUGGGUGGCCCAGGACGCAACAUGCUAGCCAUCCAGAUGAGCCAGCACGGUAUCCUGAUAGAUUUGAGGAACCCAUGCACCCGCUAGACUACCCACAUGCUCCCGAGGAGUUUAGGGACUCCCAAUCCUCUCCACCUCCGCUCCGCAUGGAACGAGGACACGGGAUGGACAUGGGCCUUCGGUACUCCAAGAACCUGGACAAAAUCACCUCCACCCUCCUGGAACUUGUGGCAAGGAAAUAAUUUCCAUAGAAGUUAUGUAGACAUAGAUAUCUAUAGAUUUUCUGAGGUGCUUUGGUUUGAAAAUUUAAUUUCCCUCUUCCUUGCAGUUUUUUAAGUGUUCUUUGCUUUAGACAUUUAUAACGUUGGUUCUUGAAAAUGUUUUUAAGUUAAGUGUGAACAUUAAAACAUUUAUCUAC